AUGGACCCUGCAGCCGUGAACUGGAACGUUACAAUCGAUGAUUUCGACAGCAUUCUCACCUACGACGACCAAUCCGUUUGGAUAACGCCAGAUCCAUCGGUACCAAACUUUGACCCAACCAACUCGCCUUGGCUAAGAGGAACAUUUCAUCAAACAACAACCAAGGGCGCUUCUGUCAGUUUGAACAUCACAGGACCUGCCCUCUACAUCUAUGGAAGCACAGGGCCAGCCUUUGGGUCAUACGAAGUUCAGAUCGACUCAACCGUCCUACGCUACAGCGCGUAUAGCGAAACAUCCAAGAAUGUUUCGACUCUGUUAUUCGCUGCUUCAAACUUGACGUUUGCAAACCACAACGUCGUCCUGCGGAACAUAGGAGCACAAGUAGAUGCAGGCGACAAAGGGGGGGAUGGAUUCUUGUUGGAUUAUAUUCAAUCCACUAUCCAACUUGCACCAGCAGGCUCGACCGUGAAGAACGUCACGUUUGAAGAGACUGAUCCUGCAAUUAACUACACGGGCGUAUGGGGGCACAAUACCAGUCCAGCGUUUAGCGGCGGAGGGUCUACAUUCACCAGUGGAGACGGCGCGUCGUUCUCCUUUUCAUUCCACGGAUCUGCAAUCUAUGUUCUGGGAGACAAAAAGAACGACCACCGUCUAUACAGUGUCGUGCUGGAUGAUCAACCGGCUGUGACCUUGAAUGGCAUAUCUGGUUGCGGAGGCGCCUUUGGUCUGACUUGCGAACAACAAGCACCCUCUAUCAAAUACCUAGCCUCCAACUUGGACGGAUCCGAGCACAAGCUCACUCUUAUAAACCACGCCAAUGUCAAUACGUCUUUCUUCGACUUGGAUAGUAUUGUGGUAACAGUCCCCUCUCAAUAUGCCCCACGUCAGCUCGCUUCAGGGUCGUCAUCUCCAUUCACAAAUACCACAGCAUCAAGUCCAACGACUUCGUCAACGUUAAGUGCGACUGAUGCCAAUACGACGUCUGGUCCUGGAUCCAAUACAAGUGCGGCACUGUCAUUAUUCUCAACGAUGACCAACCCAAUACUUUUCCUGGCUUUUACUCUCUUAUUCCUCUUCCGCACGUCAACCCGCGGCCAUUGA